CAACUGACUAUGAGCCACGCAAGACGAGCCUGCGCUGUCGCGUCGCGCCUGGCGCGCGCUUCAUCUCUCAGGCCAGUGGCGGCCCCCGCCUUUGUUUCGUGCUCUCGAUGGCGGAGCCUCACCACCGGCGCCGGCCCAUCGACGUCGCAGUUCGGCAUGAAGCAGUCUGGCCCGUUUGUGGACUAUGAGACUGCCCCAAAGCCUCCUACGGAGGCGGAGGCUGGGCCCUUUACCUCGAUCGACAGCGUCGAUGCUUGGACGAAAGCCGGCAUCCCUCGACCUGUGAUCGACCGCCUCCUCGCUGCCUAUCCGGAGUGCGUGGCGCCGACGCCCGCCCAGCUCGCCUUCCUCCUCGGCAUUGCCAAGGGCGAUGUGGAUAUCUUCCUCCGCGACUACAUGGGUCGCGGCAAAACGUUCGCGCUCGUCCUUGCAGCCCUCGCGAUCGUGGAGAACAAAGGGCGGGUCGUGGUGAUGCUCCCGACACCACAUCUGGCGCGGCAAGUCACGGCCCUGUUGUUGGCUCUCGGCGACGCGCGCGUCUCCACCGUCUCGAAUGACGGCGAAGCGGACCUCAACGCGCGUGUGCUGCUCGGGACCCCGCGGAGCUUCCUCGCGCUGGCGGGGAAGAAGCGGAACAUGACCCUCGGCGACCGCUUGAAGGGCGUCACGCAUGUCUUCGUCGACGAGAUCGACAGCCAGAUCGGACCGCUCCCGCACUCGCGCAUGACGAAGAGCCAGCUCGAGCGGCACCCGUCGAGGAAGCACACGCCGGCCGUCGCUGACGCCCUCAACUCCCUCUUCGGAAUCAAGGUGAAGCAGGACGGAUACAUCGACUUCUCUGGCCGCAAGAACAUCACGUCGGUCUUUAGCUCGGCCACGCUCGACAAUACCACCCGCAGGCACAUCUAUGGGCGUGGGUGGGUGCGGCCGAAGGGUGGGGCGGCGACGAAGCAUAUCCUCGACUUGGACUUCAGUGCUGCGGCUACGCCGAAGCAGGUCGCGCUGCGUGACACGAUGGCGGUAAUCGCAAAGCGGGCCGGCGCCGUCUCCGCGCAGCCUACCCAGCGCAAACCCAGACACUACGCGUUCUCCGUUAGUCCAGAGGGCAAGAUCGUGCCGCUGGACCUCGCGCGGCCGGGUGACUCGGGCUUCAUUCCUCCUGUUGUGGAUGAGAAGGGGCGAGAAAUAGAUCUCGACACACUUCCCCUCAAGGGCAAGUCAGCGAACAAGCCCCGCCCCGGUCUGCCCGUGACACUGCUCGAGGGCAUGGCAUACCUGCAUGCCACCGUGCCCCCGCCGAGCGGAACCUACUCGCUGGCCGUGCUGCCCGACGGGGCGUCUGUGACGGGCGCGACGACCGAACUCGCAGCGCUGGGGCUCAACGUCAUUGCGCUCGUCCCCGAAGUGCUCGAAGGCGGGAUUGAGCCGCCCCCCGCCACCGCGCCGCACAUCAUGCUGCUCACGACCCGCGCCGCCGUUCCCGGGCUGCACCUGCCGCACCUACACUCGAUCUACCUCCUGAACGGGCUGGACGUGAGCAAGCUCUCCAAGUCGGCCAAGAUGGCGGGCGGGCGCGAGGGCCAGAGCCUCGUGUACUCGAUCAUCACGGGGCGGCUGGGGCGUCUCGCGACUGAAGUCGGCGACCCCGCCAACCCCCAGCGCGUCGUCAGCAUCGUCCAGCACGACUCGUAUGAAGAGUGGGCGUUGCGGCACAUGUUCGGCGACAUGUACACCAAGUGGCAGUUUGCGCUCAGCCAAUGGCCGGGCGAGAUCAGCUGAUUGUACGAUUAGACAUCACUCUGUACUGUAUGCAUCACCACUUCAUCUUAG